AAACACGGGAUGGGCCCUGGAUUUGUGAAUUUCUUCUCAGAUGUUCGAGUACACCAGCUUCAGCAAAUGCAAGAUGAGGUCGCUCGCAAUGAAGGUCUACCCAUUUUCGACUGGGGCAAGAUUUGGGAGGGAUAUCAAAAAUAUCAAGACAAAGUUCAUCCACAGCAGAUUCCAGGCGGUGUCUUGAUGAAUCAAGCUUUGUUGCACCACGUAUGGAUGGAAUCUAUCGGGCGACAGAAUUGGGACCCUAGUCUCACUACCGGAUUAGGACCGUUACCGCAUCCUCGUCCUUAAUCGAUGCCGCUGAUCGCAUCCAACAAAAUCCUGUGACACGUGGGUUGUCACCUUCAGGCCGAGAACUGUUUCACCCGUGCUGCUCCUGGACUCAAUGUCAACGCCAGUGAGAAAAUGGACCUUGGCUACUUCAACCUGCGUUCUGCGCUUCUUCUCUAUCUCUAUCGCGCAAUUCCGAUUAUUACAUUGAGGCGUGGUCAUGUUAUUACUUCAUCUCAUCUUCACAAUCUUGGUUUUUGGAUAUGCCAACCUUAAUGAUUGGCCUUUUAUACAACUUGUAUACAUUUUUUGAAACCUGGAUAUGCUUUACAUCUUGAUGAUUCUCUCACGUCCUUUCAAUUUAACUUAGAUCAUACUUUUUCAAAAUCUGAUCUGAUUGUUUAUAAUACUUUUGUUAUUAAUUUUUGUGAUUUUGUACCAUGGAAACAAAAAAAGGGAAUCAACCAAAAUGGUAUAUAAAUAUCUGAUGAAUUUAUUAUAUCUGGUUUCCAUUUGAUUGUUAUUUGAAUAUGAAAUGAUAGCCCAAAUUUGAACAUUUU